CAGUCGUUUUCGGUUAUCGCAGACCCUUUCGCAUGUGUCACGACUUCACUGGAUAGUUGUCGAAGAUGGCGAAGCGACAGUGCCAGCUGUCAGCGAAUUCUCCAACGAAGUGGCGUGCCACACAUCUACCUCGCAACCACAUCAUCCACUGGAAUGCCCAGUAUGCCAUCAAUCAGCAGUUCCAGACGAGGCUGGACACAUCGCAAUGUUGCUCUGCAAUACGUGAGAGAGAACUAUGACAAGAAUCGCAGCGCCGUUCUGUACUUCGCCGAUGACGACAACACAUAUGACAUUCGGCUAUUCAACGACUACAUCCGAAAAGUGAUGAGGAUAGGAGUGUGGGCGGGAGGCGCAUGGGUUGAAGCUCCCCACGUGUCUUCCAAAGGCAAAGUAAUCGCAUGGGACGUGAUGUUUGCUCCUGGUAGGCCAUUCGCCACCGAUAUGGCUGGAUUUGCGAUCAACAUCAGAGAACUAUUCAGAGCUCGCGAUGCCUCUUUCAACCAAAACUGCGCAAAAACCUACAAGCAAGGCCCAGAAUCGUGUUUCCUCUCGCAGUUUGGAUUCAGAAAAGAAGAUCUUGAGCCGUUUGGAUACAAGGAUUAUCCGAAGGAGAUUCUCGUAUGGCACACGAAGACAUCCAAGUCAAAAACGAGAGGACCAAAACGUGGUUAUGCCAUAGAAUCGAAUAAUUGA